GCCUUCUGUCGUUUUUCGACUUCUGUGUCUGGGGGCCAUUCGGGGGAAAUCGAUCGUCAGGGACAAGAGGCACUCGGCAAAAUUCGGAAGGCGGCGACUCGCACUGUCGUGAACUGUCGCCUGCCUGUCACGGUGCACCAAGCCUCUCUCAGCUCCGCGGAGCAGAGAGAGAUAGAGAGAGAGGGAGAGAGAGAGAGAGAGAGAGAGACACGGGUGAAUGAGGGGCAUAACUCUGCCUGUCUAGCGGGCUGUGCGUGUGUCUCGUCUGCUACGCUCCGUGCGUAGGCCCGAGUAUGUGUGUGUGCGCGUAUGUGUCCCCAGUUCCUUAGCAUGUAGCGUCAUGUUGUCAAGUUUUACCAACAUGGCGGCGUCCGUUGGGACGGAGGAUCGAACCAGAGACCACAGCAGCGCAGUUAUGGCUUCCCCGCCCGCUACAAGUGCGACAUCUUCGUCCAAUUUGCCCACAAACAUUAACGAACUUUUGUGGGAGGAGAAAAAACGGACCCUGAGGGAGUUGAUCUCGAGUUAUCGUCUGCCUCUCGCGGUUAAGUUAAAAAGUGGUGACGUUUCUAAAUUUCUCGGAGGAUCAAAUAGCACAGCGGACAGGACAGGGAAUUCUGAGACUUCCGCCGGCUCUCAAAACAGCCCCUCUCUAGGAAAUGGAGUAAGUGUGGGUCGCGAUUCGAACCCCGGCACCCCAGACAGCAAGGAUAGCUGUUUGGGGAGGGGAGGACAGGAGGAGGUGAUUCUGCAAAUCCACGAAACGAGGAGGAGGAAGAUUAUUCUUGCUCGGAAAAUGACGUGGGAAAAACGUCAAAAUGAUUACGUGGUCACUGGUGAGCAGGUGGAGAUACCCGCCUCCUUCAAAGGGUGGCUGGAGGUUGUCCCUGACGACGGCCGUCCGGUGGAGUACUUCGACACCGUGGGAGGCAUCACCAGCGUCAAGCCGCGGAGGUUCUUGGUUCGAACCUCCACCGUGGGCUAUCAGCUGAGCACGGAGGAGAACGGCACGAGCUGCUGGAUGCCCAGCGAGAUACGUCCAGGAGAGGUCCUCACCACAGGCAUCAUCUACAUGGACAACAAGAAGACGAAAAACGCCACGCAGAGGAACAUCUUCAAGCGCUUCCUCAAACAGAACAAGGUUAAGAAGGAGCAGGACUUGAAGUACCUCCAGUGUUUCGACGCGGAUGGGAGAGAGAUCAUGAUUCCGCUCAUCAUGUCCGGAGUGUUCAGCCCUGUCGGAGACGCCACCAUGGCCAACUACGACGCCGUGUUCGAGCUCCAGGAUCUCAUCAUGGCCUUCGGGCUCCCGGUCAACGCGCAGCUCAUCCACACCAACAGCAAGGAGACGUUCCCGUGCCCGCGGGGCGUGCUGCGGCUGUACGGCACCAGGGAGGAGGAGCUGGCCAUCGUCAGUCGGGUGGGGUCGAGCGGUGCGCUGUUCAGCGACACGGCGAGCUGCGACAAGUUUGAGAUUCCCGUGGACAAAGACUUGGCGUUUUCUCGCGGGGUUGUGAAGAAGAAACCAGCAAUAAAAGCCAAGCUAGGCGAGGUGUUUCAUUCCCCGUGGAGUAAGGAUAAAAGCGGAGGAGUGGGGAGUGGUGUAGGUGGUAGCGCAAAAGUCAGUGAUAGGGAAAGCAAAGACAAGGACUAUGUGCGAGCGACGACUGUGGAUGAGUUCAAACCCCGUGUCAACCCAGACCGACGGUUCUCCACGCCAGUCUCCAACAAACCCGCGCCUGUCAUGGCCAGCUACGGUAGCCACGCCCACCCGGCUGCUAGUCCGGACACGUACAGAGAGCCCCACAAAACCAGAGCUAGUCAGGUGAUCAACUCCGUACCCGUCCUCCCUCCAAGAGAGUCAGGGACGUCGUCCACGUAUUCUACCGGGAGUGCAAACACGACAAUCGAUACGAGCGUUGUCUCAGCCUCUGUAGAGGAACAUCAAAAGUCUCUAGAAAAAACUCCCGACAAGGAGCAGAAGCCAAACACAGAGAUCGGGCUUCCGGAGAGGUCGAAGGAGCUGAAAAAGUCGAAAUCCACCGGAAUAUUAGACAAGUUGAGUGUGCGGAAGGUGAGGAAAGAGCGAGCAAAGCUCAAAGCUCUCAGGGGAGAGGACGUGUUUUCCAAAAAGAUCGUUCGGAACGAUCUGAGCUAUCAGGACUUCUUUAACGGUUUGGACGGUGAAGAGGAAGAAGGAGCGUCGAAAGAGAACGAGAGGAGCAGCACGUCCAAGCAGGACGACUCGGGGCGCGGCAGUAGCAGCAGCACCUACCAGAGUAACCCCUCCUCGCCAAAAAGCUCCGUCUACGAGGGCGGUAGCGAGGGGCAGCGCAGCACGGGCUCCGAGAGAUCAAAGGGCAGCGAUUAUUCCUCGCUCGUACAACGCCGGCAGAGCAUCCAGAACCGCGACCUGCCUCCCAUCCCGCCCGAGUCGCCGCGAGGUCAUGAGAACUCAUCGCCGUACCACCACAACGAGUCGAAAGAGUCCCUGUACGAGCACCUUCCACCCGCCCCGCAGCCCCCCAGCUCCCGGCGUGCCAGCGAGUCCAUGGCGCCUCUCGGCAUGAUGACUCAUCCUGAUGACCACGAGGAAGACGACGAAGAGGACGGCUACAUGGUGCCCAUGCAGGUGCAGAGGGAGCAGCGGGAGAGGGAGCGCUACAGCAAAAGGUCAGACGUCGUCCUCCGUCAAAAGCCGCCGUCGUCCGCCGGACACGAGUCUCUCCGCUACUCCCGAGCGAGGAAAGCGAGGAGCGAGCUGCCGUCAGAGUUCGCUCACCGCAUGCGAGAUCAAGACGACGGCUGCCCGCUGGACAUCGACGACCUCUUCAGUUUCGCGUACAACUCUAAGGAGUUUGGGGAGAACCGGCCCCUGGGAUCUCUGGGCUCCCAACAGGCCAUCAGCACGUCACAGCUGUACGGGCCUGGCGCGUCUCGCGUUCCUGCCUGGACAUCCGACCUCCCACCCUCAGUGUCCACCCACUUCGACCAGCGCUUCGUGGAUAACCUUGACCUAGAGGCCAGAGGUCACCAGCAGGGGUUGAGAUAUAGGUCAAAGCAAGCUCGGAACAUGAACGCUAAUCCUAACGCCACAAUUCGUUCUCACAACCUGCGGAAGAUGCGGCCCAGCAUGAUGGAAGUGUUCCACUUCUCCGACUCCUUCAGAGACAUACGUCACGGGGACUCCGGCACUGAGCACAUCAUCGGGCCGCCCGUGGACUUCCAGAACAGCUACAACCCCCACCAGAACCCUUACGACCACCCACAACAACCGCCACCUCCACCACCACUACAACAACAACAACAACAUUACUACCCAGCACAAAACUCCCGACCCCCGCUCCUCAACAGCCGCUCUAUGGACGCCAAUGUGAUGACCCCUCUCCUGCCACAUCAUCAUCAUCACCUCCAGCAACAACAACAGCAACAACAGCAGCAGCAGAGCAUUUACGGACCUGGUGGGUACGGAAUGCAUUACGCGGAGAGCGAGCCGUGCUUCCGCCCCAGCCACCACCACCCCCACCACCCCCACCACCAGCACCACAACCCCCGCUCCAUGGGCGGCGUAAUGAGCGACAACUUGGUGCAGCACGGCGACGACUCGGCCAUCUCCAUGUGCUCUCGUGGCGAGGGCGGGUUCCCCAACGAGAGCGAGUACAGCUACAGCGAGUACACAGAAGAACCGCCUCGUGACGUCACGGAGGACGGUUGGAGCCCGCCGGACAACGUGGAGGGCCUGAGCGUGCAGGAAGUGUCCAAGUCUCUGCGCUACAUCGGCAUGAAGGAUCGCGUGGUGCUGCGCUUCUCCAACGAGCAGAUAGACGGGAACAUGCUGUGUACCCUGGACAAGAAGCUGCUCAAGGAGGGCUUCCCGGAGCUCAACGCGCUGGAGCUGAAGAAGAUUCUGGACUUUGUGCAGGGCUGGAGGCCCAAGAAACGGUGACAGGGAUGAGGCCGAAAAAAACCUGUGAUGAAAGGAUGGGG